AUGGCUUCCUCGACCGACACAUUUACCGCCAUCCCAGUGCUAGACUAUAGACUGUCGACUUCGCCCGAGAGCAGGGCCACCUUCCUGGCGGAACUGCGCGAUGCGCUCAUCAACGUGGGGUUCUUCUAUCUUAUCAACACGCCGAUCGCGCCCGAGGUGCGAGACGCACUGGUAGAUCAAACGUUCAAGAUUUUCGAUCUGCCUCUGGAGAAGAAACUAGAAAUUGAGAUGGUCAAUAAUAAGCAUUUUUUGGGGUAUUCGCGACUGGGCGCAGAGCUCACGGCGAGGACGCCGGAUUAUCGCGAACAGUUCGACUUCGCCACCGAGUUACCUCCCCCUGGCCCAGACGAGCCUCUGUAUCACAACAUUCGAGGCCCUAACCAGUGGCCCGACGAAGCCGCCAUCCCUGGAUUCCGUCACGCCGUCGAGGCGUACCUGGCAGAGGUGGCCCCAGUAGCGGAUGAAUUCCAGGUCUUCAUCGCAGAGGCACUCGAUCUUCCUCCGACGGCUUUGCACCGGUACUUCGAAACCCCGUCGCAGCAGAAAAUGAAGCUGAUCAAGUAUCCGCCUCCGCCCGACUCGACGACCGAGUCAGAAACCCAAGGCGUGGGCGCCCACAAGGACUCGGAGUUCCUCACGUUCCUCCUGCAAGCCACGCCUCACGCCGGCCUGGAAGUCCAGAAUAAAGCCGGCGAAUGGAUCCCCGCGCCGCCGAUCGCUGACUCCCUGGUCGUCAAUAUCGGUCGCGCCCUGGAAGCUUUGACGGGCGGCGUUUGCACUGCCACCACGCACCGCGUAAGUCUAGCGUCCAGGAACUUUGUGAAUGCGCAGGGAGAGUCGCUCGGGCCGCGGUUCUCCAUCCCGGUAUUCCGGGGCAUGGGCUUGGAUCUGUCCGCCGAUAACGUCUCGCUGAAGAUCCCCGCGCACGUCAAGGAGUUGAUUAAAGACGAAAAGGUUCGGUCCGAUGCGGAGGCCACGUUCAACGUCAUGUUUCGGGGCAGGUUUGGCGAGGGUACCUUCAUUCAUCGGAUCAUGAGCCACCAGGACGUGGGGAGGAAAUGGUAUCCGGAGGUGCUGGCGAAGGCCUUGGGCGAGUACGAGAAAUAG